AUGACUAAAUCCCGUGCAAUCAUCAAGGAGGAAUCCUCUACUUGUUCAAGCGUCCCUCUCUACAUGACAAACAGAGGGCAAGGUCCAGCUUGA